CUGUUUCCUAUGAAGGUCGGAGGAUUAUGUCAGGUUGGAUCAGUUGCAGUUGAGAUGUUUUGAUAAACGUGUCAGAACAGUUACAAUCUCAGUAAGAAUACUUAGUGCACGAAGGGUUAUGGGAAGUGAGUCAACUAUUCCAGAAUAAUUUUCCUUCGGUAAUAUUAAAAUGAGUGACACUAAACAUUUGAAUCUAAAUCUGAAUACAGCGGCCCAAAAUGAAACUACCUAUAGCUACCAUUCAGAUAAGUAAGAAAUUGAAGUGCGUAAUUUUAGACAAACGUCUAUAUGCAAAUAAUGCAAUGUUGAAAAAUGAUUACACAAAAAAAUAUUCUCGUAUAUUUUCCAAGAAAACCUUCCGAUUUUUUACAGGAGUCCUCAGAGUUAGGUCAAACCAGUUUCUGUGCAGAGAUUUGUUAGAGUCAUCAGUGCGUUCAUUAGGUGGUUACGUUUUGGCCUGCUAUAGUUUAGAGUCACAUCAAAAUGAGUGUAAUAAUACCAGCAUAAUUCACGUUUAUCGUAAAAGCAGUUUGGAUGACAUCUGCAGUCAAUAGACACUGUUUGUGUGGUAAUAUGGUUAGAGGAGUUGAAUACUUAGGACAGUUAUCGUCACUGUCAAUACUUGGAGAACAAAGUUGGGGAUCGUUUUUAUGCCUUUCUCCCAAUAGUUUCAUAAGCUCGUAUAAAAAUUUAUGAAAUGAGCACGAUAAUAAAUAGCUGUCUCUGCCUAACUAUU